AUGCAUGUUGAUUGGCUAGCUGAGAGUGAUCUUGAACGGGAGUCAAAAAAAGUCGAAGCCGAUUUAGAGAAUUUGAGCGAUGCUGACAUAGAAAGAUGUAUACAGCGAAUGUUUAAAAGCUUUAACAGUGUUCUUCUAAAACACUCUAAGGCGCUUGAGAAUUUAGUUCUUAGCAAAAUGCCUACAGCGCCAGAAAAAAGCUGUUAUAAAACAGAAGAGGAAUACAGAGAAGCGCUUAUAGUCUAUAAAAAAGAUUGCGAGACGUUCAAACAGAUCGUUUCCGGGGUUUCGGCCUUCAUGAGACGGUUGGACGAACUGUUUGAUGACAUUGUUGUUUUCUUUAAUGACUUGCGGACUUGGUUCAAGGCCAAAAUUAGUGAUAUUUCUGCAAAAGUUCGGAGUUUUAUCAAUACGAUAGCAGAGAAGCUUAGCAGACUGUAUAGCGAAUUUGUAUUACGUAAAGCUAUCAAAAUUCAUGGAUAG